UCCCCUCCAGUCAGCAGACGGUGAUGUGCGUCUUUCAGGCGAUGCUGCCAGCGUGACGUAUAAUCUAGUGGACGGUUCUUCAGAAACAGCUCGUCAACUACCUCGGUAGCUUGCUAGCCAACAUAGCCGAAAGAUUCAAGCUAUUUAUACGCUUUCGGUGUAUAUUAGGUACUGUGUUGUACACACACUUCUGUCGUAUCUACUUGUUAACCUAUUUAAUAGAAUAUUACGUUAUUUUGUAUUAGUCAGCUAUAGUAGCUGGCUGGUUAAGUUAGCACUAGCCUAGUCGCUAAUGAUAGCUAGCUAGCUAACAUCCCCGAACAUGAGCUCCCUAAACUUCUCCCCUCCUGUUAAAGAAGAGGAGGUCUGGUGGACGCAGAAAGAAGCUCUGGGGCUGAACAUUGUCGUGAAAGAGGAGAAGGAAGAAGAGGAUGUCACAGUAAAAAAAGAAGUGGUGGGCGAGGCUGUUACUGUGAAUAAAAAGGAGAACGACGUUACAGUGAAAGAAGAGGAAGACGUGUUCAGAGUGAAAGAGGAGGAGGAUGUUACUGUGAAGGAAGAGGAUGCUGUUUUUGGAGUGAAAGAGGAAGGAGAGAUUACUGUCACAUUGAAAGAUGAAGAGGAGGAGAUAUAUCUGAUUAACACCAGAGAGAGACGGGACUACCAUGGGCCCUCUGGGGAGCCUCAACAACCUCAUUAUGCUGACAAGGCAGAGAAGAGUCUCUCCACAUUAGAACACCUCAAGAAACACCUGGAGAGAUCCACAGGGAAGAGAUCUCACCGCUGCUUUGACUGUGGGAAGAGUUACUCAAGAUCAAGUUCACUAAAGGUACACCAGAGAAUUCACACAAGUGAUAAAUCUCACUGCUGCUCUCACUGUGGGAAGAGUUUUACUCGGUCAUCCAGCUUGAUAUCACACCAGAGAACACACACAGGAGAGAAACCUUAUAGCUGUGCUCAAUGUUUGAAGAGUUUUGUAUCAUCUGGUGGCCUGACAGCACACCAGAGAACACACACAGGAGAGAGACCUUUUAGCUGUAAUCAAUGUGGGAAGAGUUUUACUCAGCUAAGCAGCCUGGUAUACCACCAGAGAACACACACAGGAGAGAAACCUUAUAGCUGUGCUCAAUGUGGGAAGAGUUUUACUACCUCUAGCAAGCGGACAAGACACCAAAGAACACACACAGGUGAGAAACCUUAUAGCUGUAACCAAUGUGGGAAGAGUUUUGCUUCAUCUAGAGUUCUGACUGUACACAAGAGAACACACACAGGAGAGAAAUAUUUUAGCUGUAAUCAAUGUGGGAAGAGUUUUGUUUCAUCUGGCAGCCUGACAGCACACCAGAGAACACAUACAGGAGAGAAACCUUAUAGCUGUGCUCAAUGUGGGAAGAGUUUUACUAAGUCUAGCAAUCUGACACGACACCAGAGAACACACACAGGAGAGAAACCUUGUAGCUGUAAUCAAUGUGGGAAGAGAUACUCUGAUAAAAGAUAUCUGAUUAAUCAUCAGAAAAUACAUGAAUGAGCUGUUUCAUGAUAUCAAUGAAUUAAUGUCACAAUGUAGAAUGUUUUAACAUUGUAGUAGGAUUAUUUUAAUAAUGUCACAAUGUUGAAACCAUAAUGUUUGCUCCCUGUUCAAUUGAUUUCAGCAUGCUAUGAAUAUUAGCCUUUUAACAAAAAUAGUUGUUAUGCUGUUUACUAUGUUGGUGUCCAACUUGAAUAAAAAUGCAACACUAUAAAAUGUAGCGAUCUGUUUUCUACAAAUUGUCUUCUAACCAGGGAUGUACACAUUAUUCCCAGAUUCCGUGUGGUUUUUGAGCUGUUAGUUUUAACAGGACGUUCAAUCUCAUCUCCCUCCU